UGUCGUAGACCUGUCAACCCUGCUGCAUCUUACAAUAGCACAGUUGUACUAACUGUACAUGAACUUUUCUCACGGUACAGUAAGGUCUGGCUCCUCUGUAAGAUUAUGGCAUCGCUAGAAGCAGCUCUUACUCUGCUAGGUGACCUCCCUUCUAAGGACAGAAGAGCAUGCUUAGAGGUCCUAAUUCGAAUCUUUAGAAAUGUCGUCAAUCAUCCAGACGAGUCUAAGUAUAGGAUAUUGAAGAUAACCAACAAAACCUUCAAUAAUGAUGUGUGGAGACAUGAACCAGGGAGGCUUGUUAUGGUGGCUGCAGGCUGGAUGAUCAAAGAGGAGACUGUCCAGCUGCCUUCACAUGUAGACCUCACGGUGGAACUUCAAAUCCUUCUUGAUAAUAGAGAGGUGAAACCUGAUGAGAAGGAAUGGGUAGAGGAGACAAAAGUUGUGGUUCCAAAUGCUGCGAAACUACGUGAUGAAGAGCUUCGGGAAAAAGCUUUAGCUGAGAAGAAAAAAGAAAUGGCAGCUCUGAAAAAGGAAAUGGCAGAACGUAAAGCAAUUGCUGAAAGAAUUAGAGCAGAGCACAGAAGGGAUAUAGAACUAAAGCAAGUGAAACAAGCUGCCAAGGCUGUCCCACUUGGCAAGGGUGAAGCAAAAAAAAUGUCCGAUAUGUUACCUAAAAAUGGAGGGGGAUGAGGCUAAAUAAGAGUCAGUCACCUGCUGUGAGCUGUUACUAAUCCCACUUUGUGAUGUCACAGCAAUUGUUGUCAAUGGUGUUAAGUUGGAACAUGUUUUGAUAAAUUUGUGUUAUUGGGUGUAUUAAGCAAGUGAUAUACAGGUAUUAAUUUUAUAAAUAAAUUGCUAUACAGUAUUUGAAAUUAAUUCAUAUCAGUGAGAUUUUCUUUUGGAACCACAGUUCCUCUUUCAUAUACAAGUCCUCACUGUGUACAGUUCCUUAUUAUUCCUUAUCCUCUUGAGGGAAUUAUUUCUCAUUCUUGUAUCUUACACUUUGUCUGUAUUUCUUUUUCUGCUAUACCCCUGUAGUCUUAUGAAACUUAGUUUACCUCAGUGAUCUAAUCAUUUGGGGAGUGAAUAUAAUUUUUAGAUUAAUGUAAAAUUACUAAAACACAUUCUGUGACAUUGCAGUGAACUUUCGGUUCAUAGAUGAAUUUGGGAUGAUGGCUCAUAUUGGUUGCUGACUAGGAAAUAUAUAGUUUUAUUAUCAGUGUUUUGGGCAUUUUAUUGAUUUUUUUUUUUAAUUCGAAGUUUAAUUGAACCACAAUUUUCUUUAUAAAAUGUAAAAUUUGAAAAGUACAGAUUUAAGAUGUUUUUGGAGGAAAAUAUGAUUCAUGUAAUAUUUGUAAGUAAACAAUUUUAUUAGACUCCAUUAUUGCACACACAUAUUGUUUAAUAUUAAUGAAAAUAUAUGCUUCAAAGAUGUCUUAAUAAAGAUAGCUGAGAACAAUGGUGGAAAUAAUUGUUGGUUCUCAUGGUGUUAAUGAAUCUUUCACUAACAGGGCCAGAGAAACCAAGUGAAAGUGGUUGUUUUCUCUCUAAAUCAUAACCUGAUGUCAUGUCAUACUCAGAACACUGGGAUAAAACUAUGUAAUUUUUGUAAGUUGUUUAGGCAAAUGUAUUACAAUUACUUUAGUUUUGGUUGAUUUUUCUGGUGUUAAUGAAACUCUCACUGACAAGGCCAGAAGGCCAGAGUGAAAGUGGAUGCUCGUGGUCAGAACUGCCAACCAACUUCAUACAUCACUUAAAUAUUUAAUUGAAAAUUUGUGUAUCAUUUAUUAUUAUUUACAUGACUUUAAGGGUAUGGUCUUUAACUCUGUAUUGUGAGAUUAUCUCAUCAUUUUUCUACUUACUUCCUUUAUUACUUUGAGAUAUAUUUAUCCACACCAUAUCAGGGAAUUACUUUUCUUGAACCUUCCUUACAUCCAGUACUGUACAGGUACUAUACUUACACUGUACUGUAUAAAGGAAGGUAUUGUAGCAAGAGUCUUAAUAGAAGUAUUAGUCUCUGAAUUAAGACAUCUAAAUGAAAAUGUACAGAUUUAACAGAGUAAAUAUUACAUGUGUAGAUAGAUGCAAAUUUAGAAGAUGUUUGUGUGUAAUCUGAUCAAAUUUAGAUAUACAGUAGUAGAUGUAAAUAUCAAGGCAGAAAUGGUAAUAAUGAAAAGAUUUUGAAUACUGAUGGAAUAUUAUAAAUUACAGAGUUAAAAAAGUAUACCAAAUGUAGCAUGCAGUAUAUUGAAAUCAUAUUUUAAUUUUAAUAUCCUGCAAGUUAUCUUCAAAUUUCCAUAUACCCAGCAAAUGUUCGCAUAUCCAGAAGAUAAGUUGCUUGGUUUAUUCUUUUGCGCUGGUUGUGUUAACAUAAUCAUUUUAUUUCAUGGAUUUCUUGUGGUCUUUUGUAUCUACCAUUAUGUGAUUAUUUUUAGUUCAAAAAAUUUUAUGGGAAUCGGUUUAUGAAUAAAAUAGAUGAAUUGUUUAUAGUACAAUACCUAGUAAAAAUAUAACUGCAUAAUUUAGAGGAUGCAUUUUAGAGCACCUCUACAUAGAUAAGAAACGUCAAAGUAUUGAUGUACUUUUCAAUAUAUUGUACUGUACUGUACAACAAAAACUUCAUUAACUCACAUUGAUGAUAUAAAUAAAAAAUUUGGGGCACAAAA